AUGGGCAUUUGGAACGACGAGCUCGACCUCACCUGGUUGAAGGAGCUUGAAUACCAGUGUUCAGUCCUGGGGAAGCGAGCGAGAAGUGGCUACAAGAAAGAAGCGUGGUCUGCAGCCCUCAAGACGCUCAACACACAGCACCAGCUCUCACUCACAACGUCGCAGCUGAAGUCAAGACAUGACGUGAUCAAGGGAGCAUUUGCCGUCUUGUCCAAGAUUGUCGAUUCGAGCGGAAUGGGGUGGGAAGCCGAUACCUGCCGCGUUGAGUGUCAAUCAACAACAUGGGAAGAGUUCAUGCAAGGCAAACCAAAGUCUUGGGGCAGCUGGAAGAACAAGCGAUUUCCCCAGUUUUACCUCUGCGAAAGACUCUUCGGAUCAACGCUUGCUCGAGGACGGAAUGUUCUCGCAUCCACAGCCGAAGAACCGCAAGCUUUUCUGGAUGACGACGACGACGCACGCUCAGAACAUGAGUUGUCGACUGGUGGCGACAGCGAGCUGCAAUACGCGCCCGAAGGAUGGCGUCGAAGCCCAAGUGAUGAAGACGCUUCACAACGCCAAAGGGACGACUCAAGGGACGACGCAAGGGAUGGUGCAAGGGAUGAUUCACUCGAAAAUGCCACGCGAAGUCGCAUUAGUGCCAAUGACGAAGAUUCUGUGCCGUCAAAGCGCCGUCGUUCAACAAUGGCAUCGCAGUUAUCUCAAGACUUUCGUGCUAUUGCCGACCAAAACGCCAAGGAGAUGGAACUACUCGCACGUGCACUCGGCCCACCGGUACAAGCAUCCAACGUACCGCAUUGUGCAAGAGCAAUUGAAGUGCUUCAGGCGGACUUUGAAGACAUGCUCAGCGUUGAUGAGUUGGUCAAGGCAUUCGAAGUCAUGGAGAAUGAGACAAAAGCGCUUAUGUUCCUCCACAUGAAUGGCCCUGUGCGUGAAGCUUGGAUUCGACGCCAAAUAUCUCAGAUUGAUUAG